AUGGGCGAUCCGAACAAUACUCAUGAUGACGACCACGACGACCACGAUGUCAACAGGACGAGAAGCUUCAACGGCCGUCUCGGCCAAUUUCUGCAUAAAACGCCAGACGACGCGACAACAGCUCCAGCAACUCCAACAACCCCAAACCGACGACAACCCAUCAUGACCCGAUCCAAAUCCUUGUCGCUGCCACCUCCCACUCCACCGCUUAGCAGAACUGUCUCUCCCCAGCGACCACGCGCCAGCCCCAUCAAACGCAAACGCCGCCUGCGCGAACCUGCUGCAACAGCUACUACAACCAUACUCCCCUCUCGUCUCCGCGACUCUAUCCCACCGAAUCUAAUCCUCCUCCUCAUCGGCGUAAACCCCGGGCUCAUGACGGGCUCAACAGGCUACGCAUACGCACACCCAUCAAACCUGUUCUGGAAACUACUGCACUCAUCUGGCAUCACAACCCGCCGGCACGCGCCCAGCGACACCUACAAUUUACCCAGCCUAUACUCUGUCGGAAACACGAAUAUCGUUGAACGCCCGACACGCGACGCCGGCAUGCUCAGCAAAGCCGAAAUGGACGCGGGCGUACCCAUUCUCGAAGCCAAGAUUGCACAGCAACGGCCCGAGGCAGUCGCGCUGGUGGGGAAGAGUAUUUGGGAAAGUAUAUGGCGUGUGAGGCACGGACGAGCCAUAAAAAAGGAUGAGUUUCGGUAUGGCUGGCAGGAUGAGAGUGAGAAUAUGGGGUUGGGGGAUGGCACUUGGUCGGGAGCGAAGGUAUUUGUGGCUACGACGACGAGUGGACUCGCUGCGUCGAUGAGUUUGCAGGAGAAGCAAGAGGUUUGGAAUGGUUUGGGGCAGUGGGUGCAACAGAGGAGGGAGGAGAGGAGGUUUACUCCUGGUGUUGCUGUAGCUGCUGUAGCUGUAGAUGUAGAAACAUAA